UGAGACACCACAUCAGGACAGUUAUUCAGAACGAGCUAGCCAAGAUGCCUCAAGCUCAGCCCGAAUUGAAGAAGUAUAUGGAAAAGCGGGUGUUCUGCCAAUUGAACGGCAACCGCAAAGUCAUUGGCAUCCUGCGAGGCUACGAUGUAUUCAUGAACAUCGUCCUCGACGAGGCUUUCGAGGAGAAGCAGGGAGGAGAGAAAGUCGCUAUCGGCAUGGUGGUCAUUCGCGGCAACUCGGUGGUUAUGCUUGAGGCUCUUGAACGGAUAUCCGAGAAAUAGAAACUGCGCCUUCUUGAGGGCCGGAUGAUGCGCACGGAUUGAAUUUACAUCGUCAUUGUGGGAUUGAUUUAAUGCAAUUAGGAGUUCAUGGGUUGGUUGCUCAUACGAAACGAUCGAAAGCAUUUUGGAUUCUUUACAUGUUCGCUCUACGGGAAAAUAGAACACCUGAUCUCUGCCCGACUGGGCUUGGUUCUUACCGGAUGAAUUCUACAGAGAAGUCGCGCUGGGACUACAGACCUGACUUUUGUCAAGAUAUCGUCAUUCAUGAGGCACUGAGAAUAAGGCCGAGGAAAUCGCAUCACACCAAGAACCCGAAUGAACCCCAAUGCAAGUGAGCAUGGAGCUCCGUUGUAGAAGACAAUAAAAGUCAACAUGUAUAAAUCGUUUGAAAC